AUGCAAAGCUGUACCUUCCACUCCGCAACUCCCUCCACCCCGUACCUUACCCAAGGUACGGACCUGAGGUACCUUGAGGUAGGUAAGUCUGUGCGAGAAAGAGCCCCGCAUUACCUCAUCCCCUCCUUCCCGACUCUCACUCGUGCGAAACCAAACCCCAGACUGAUGCGCAAACUCGACACUCGAGAGGGAAGGAGCCCUUUUGGGUCUCCCAUUCUCUUCUCCUCACUUGCCCCGUUCAUCUACCAAGACCCCUACGAUAUGCCGGAAGCAACUUUUGUGACUUGGGUUGUCUGGGGGCGGUCAGCAACUCAGCGUGCGCCUACGCCUGCCGCCUGCCUCGGUCGACGCCCAAGUACCCUGCAUCUGAACACCCAGAAAGGGAAAAAGAAGGAAGAAAAAGAAAAAGUCCACCAGGAAACGACAGAAACACCGAGAGCCCAAACGGAACAAGCACCACAAGCCUCGAUCCCCCUUUUCUGUGCCUGCGAAGUACACUACUCGGCCGAUGCCCGUGGCAGGACACCAAAGUUAUUGGAGGUACUCCGUACUCCGUACCUCAACUCGUGUACGGAUACAGCUCACGUUCGUUUUGCCAAGCAGCUAUUUUCAUCCACUUCACUCACUGCCGUCCUCGGUCCCGUCAUCACCAAGUAUCCACGGGGUAUCCUCGCCCGCAAACCCCAAGCCAAAUCGACUUUACCAGGACCUUGCCCGAAGCUCGAGAACUUUCAACUGCCUGCCUACAUGGGGACGCAAUUGACAACGUCACCAGAAAACCCGCCUUUUUUCGUUGCCCGUGCCAUCGUCCUGCACCACUGCUUUGCACCUCACUCGCGGCCGUGCACCGUCCCUGGGCCCCCAGUCGAAAGUUCCAGCCCACCCGCUGGAAUGCUUCUGGAAGAUCAAGCCUGCCACUCGCGGUCCAACGGGGUCUUUGCUUGCAGCCCUCCUGUCCGCUAUCCACAUCCGGCCGACAGGGAUACUGCUUCUUUCCGAUCAGGGGGGACACUGAGAGACUGGACUGCUACGGUGCUUCUCAGUCCAGUCAGCUGCUUGCGGGAUAUUGGGCUCGGGAUUUCUUGGAACGUCGAGAAUCCCGAAUACCUGCUCAGGAACCCGGGACGCAGAGAAAGCACUGUUCCCUACGAGGCUACAACCACCCAUGGCCGCAACGGAGAACGUGCGGAGUUUAUUUGGCUCUGUUAUGUAUGCUCUGCCCUACUAUUGCUCGCCGCUCGUGGGGAGCGCCUGCAACCCCAUUACCUUGCGGCCCGUAUAAUGCCUCAGUCAGUUUUGUCCCCUCCCCUCUCAUUUUUGGAUCAGAGACGUUUGACGGAGCAGUUGCACCACAACGGCGCAUCUACCUACAUGAGCAAACGAAUCAACCACUCGCAAUUCCCGGCAUGCCUUGGCCUCUGCGACCCCUACUCCGCCGCGAAUCUCUUUUGGAUGCUUCAGAGUCCGUCCCCACUGGCACGCGACGAUAAGACGGCUCAGACUUACUACACACAAAGUAAAGCCGAGAUUCCGUUGGCCACGGUGGGUCUUCCGAGUUCUAGAGCGAGUCAACAGCCCGGCCCCAUUGUCCAGGUCGUCCCACGUCUUGGUCUUCUGGGCCCGGGUCUCUCGUCCAUGGUAUGGUGGUGUUUCCUCGUUGCCAUUCCCGAGCUGUCGGCAGCGACCCAAGGCCAGGUACCGAUCAACUACGGAAGACCAUCUGAGUGGAUGAAGCCCACGAUAAUCGUAGGAAAAUAUUCAUCAUCUACCUUAAUCGCCUUGACUUUUUCUCCCCCUCCCCCCUCCACAGGGCCACAUCCAUCCCACUCGAUGAAUGAAGAAGUUCUCGUCCUCGUCUUUUUCUGGUGUCCAAAAACCAUCUUCAGCCACUCAGCAUUGAACGUGUCGAGAUUCCAUCGUCUCUGUCAGGAAUAUUGGGGUACCACUGCUAGCAUAUGGGACUACGCAGUAGCUCAAGACGUCGUUCACCAUCUCCCGUCAGUCCCGCCGUUGGUUCCCAUCGAGUCUGGCCACCAACCUCAGACUCAGACUGGGUUGCUUUACUGGCUGGCAUCACCAACGACCAACCAUACCAACUGUGAGCCGUCCCAUCAUUCUAGCCCGGCGGGCAAGACUCCAGAAGUCGCUAACACGUCCAUCAGCAUCGAAAUCGCCCUGCAUCGCGUCCCGCCGGGACUUCCCACCCUUCUCAUACGACAACGAACCUGCGCUUUCCGGGAACCCCGCCCAUCGUUGCUCCUUAGUCUGGGUCUGCGUCUUCUUAGCGUUCGCAGCAACAGCUCUUUGAGAGGAGAGUACCUUACCACCACCGUGUAUGAGGUAGCAAGCGAAUCGCACUUGCACUUACUUGCCUUUACCUUGGGGAUCGUGGCUACUGCAUCCGCACCGCACACCUCUCUCACACCCACUUAUUCACACACCCACUUUGGACUCGCCUCUAGGAGGCACAAGAACCACCACUUUGCUUUUCAUUUUCCUGCUCCGACUCGCCGUCUUCAAGGCUUCCUCUUUCUAAUCACUUCUCAUUCUCUCAGCCUGCGAUCCCUCCAUCCCGCGUGGCACCCAAAAAAAAUCGCCCCCAAACGGAAGACCAAAGUGCAACAACCGACCCUUGCUGGGGUUCCUUACGACUUCUUACAACAGACGACACAGCCUUUUUUUUCUCUUCCCCCCCCCUUCUGGGCCUGGGCGUUGAUUGCGCUCAUCUCUUCAUUGGCGAAACACAAACACGACCCGGAUUCGGCCUGGGGAGAGGGAGGCCGGCCUACCCAUUUCCCAUGGACCAUGACCACACACCUCGGCCAAUCUGGAUUGCAGCAUUUCCUGCUGUCCCUGGCCGUCAAACCUGACCGACCGUCGUCAUGUUAUUGGAGAGAGCCGCUCGUUCACCGCCUCACCGCUUCCCGCAUAUCAGUGCACAUCCCCAUCCUCCUCGUCUUCCCCGUCGCUCCCAGACACUCAGACAAGCCCGACACGAGACACCGGCAAUCAGGAUAA